ACCCUGCCCUCUCCUAAGCCUGGGCGGCUGGACCAAGGACGACGACGAUGCGUCCAUGCGCGCACCUCGCCGCGCUCCUCCUCCUCCUCCUCCUCGCCGAGACCGUCUCCUCGCGCCAUGCGCAUGCCCCGGCGGGCGCUGCGCAAGACGUGGCCCCCUCAGCGCACCUGCCGCUGCCGUGCCUGGAGGAGCUGCUGCCGUGCACGGCGUACCUCAAGACCACCAAACACCCCUCUCCCACGUGCUGCACGGCCAUGCACAACGCCGCGGCGGCCGAGAUGCCGUGCAUGUGCCGCCUCUUCGCCGACCCGGAGCUUCUCGCCACCUUCAACGUCACCAGGGAGCAGAUGUUCAAGCUCCCCGCCCGCUGCGGCCUGCCCGUCGGCUGCCGUACCGGGGCCUCCCACGAGCCUGUCGUGGAAGCGCCGCCGCCGCCCGCCCCGGCACAGCAGCACCAUCAUGGUGCCUCGUCGAGGGGUGUCCAGUUCAGUAGCAUCUGGAGCCUGGUGGCGUCGUUCGUUUUGGGCCAGAUGAUCCCCAUGGCUGCACCAUUUUAAUUUAGUCUGUUCUGCAUCGUUCUGUUUUAUCGCCUCAGUUAGCUAUAAUGGACAGCGACAGAAUACAUUUCAGAUGUAGUAGUGAUAGGCACUGCAUGACAGCAUGAGUGCUGCUUGUUAAUACUAAUAAUACAGUAUUAACUGAACAAAA